AUGUAUCGUCCUAAUCAGAGAGACUCUUGCUGUCCGCACUACACGAUCCGACUAGACUCGACAGAGUUUAAGCCGACCCGAGAUCAGAGGCAGACCAUAAACCGCUUCAAUGCGUUUGUGCUCGGCGACGAAUACGCAAAAGAAUCAUCCCGACGGUAUCCAAAAACAAAGGAAGAGUCCAAAAGGCGAAACAAUGAGUUCGACUUGUUGGAGCGGAUUCAUGAAGCAGAAUACGGACAGCUGAAAACGCCGCCAGAGCCUGCACACAAACUCGAAGUCACUCUGGAAGAGGACGACUUUACAGAAGAAAAGUUUGCCGUAUUCGACAACUACCAACGAGUCAUUCACAAGGAGGGGCCUGGAGAGCGCACACCAAAGUCGUUUGCUCGCUUCCUCUGCAGUUCUCCCUUGCGUCGGCACACUGAGACUCGUCCCGACGGCACCAAGAAGCGCCUUGGCUCCUACCAUCAGUGCUACCGCCUCGAUGGCAAACUGGUCGCUGUUGGCGUGCUUGACCUGCUGCCGCAGUGUGUAAGCUCGGUCUACUUUUUGUACGACGAGAGCAUCCACAAGUUCAGUCCGGGCAAGCUCGGUGCUCUGCACGAGAUUGCGCUAGCCCGCGAACAAGGCUACCGCUGGUGGUACCCAGGCUAUUACAUCCACAGCUGCCCCAAGAUGCGCUACAAGAUGGACUAUGCACCCCAGUACAUUCUCGACCCUGCCACGCUGAGCUGGGAUCCCCUUGACAAGACGGUGCUUGCACUGUUGGACAAGUCACCCUAUGUGAGCUUGUCGCAGCAUAUUGAUAGAGAGACUGUGCUUGAGGAGCGAGACGUCAACAAACCCGAGGCUGGAUUCAAAGAUGACAACGGUGAUGAAGACUCGGAUGAAGAUGGCAUCGACGGGUCGCUCUUUGACGCCAACAUGCCGGGAAUUCCUACGCUGGCCGAGAUGGAAAGCGUAGACAUGGAUGAUAUUCGUGUCCUUGGGCCGUCUCCUGCACUUUUGUACAGCAUGUCGGAUCUGGUAGGCUGGGACGACUGUACCAUUUAUGAUUGGCCCAAGAUCAAGGCGCGCAUGGCUGAGCUGGUGGGCGCCAUGGGCACAGACACGCCGCCAAAGCUGUGUAUAGAUAUCAUGCGCCGGGGAUGA